AUGACAACAGACUGGUACCCUUGCGGCUUGUUGAACGGCAGACCCAGCAGCCCAUAUGCAGUAUUGAUCCUCAAUCAGCCAAUCAAUCGAAAUGCCCUGAAUGCUGUCAUUGAAUCAGCCUCGCUGAUGAUAUGCGCCGAUGGAGGCGCCAACAGGCUUUUUGACUACGAUCAAGAGGCCAAAAAUGGCUUCAAAAAGCGUCUCCCGGACGCUAUAGUCGGAGAUCUCGACUCGCUCAGUCCGUCUGUCAGUGAGCACUAUCGCGCUCGCGGAGUACAAGUAGUCAAGGACCCGGAUCAGUAUUCCACAGACUUCACGAAAUGCUUGAGGUGGAUCCGGGACUGGUCCAUUAAAAAUAAGUCCGCAUUCUUGGGGCCUGAGAUGGAUGUCGUCGUACUGGGUGGACUCGGCGGCCGUGUAGACCAAGCCUUCUCUCAAAUCCACCACUUAUAUAUGGCAGAGAACGACACAAAGCUUUUGAAGGGCCGAAUAUAUCUGUUGUCGGAGCAAAGCUUGUCAUUUGUCCUAGCUAGCAGCAACAAUCUAAUCCAUCUAGAGCCUGGAUAUUUUGCAGAGAAUGUCGGUAUCAUUCCCGUCCUCGGACGCACUCUGAUCACCACCACAGGUCUCGAAUGGGAUGUCGAUCGGUGGCCGACCGAGUUCGGUGGGCAGAUGAGCACAAGUAACCAUAUCCGCUCUGACAAGAUUGAGCUCUCCUUCCAAGGUCCUAGGCCCUUGUUCACCAUGGAACUCCACAAACAUCUCACGGUUACCGGCCCAUAGCGCCUUGGAC